AUGAUAAAAAAAUUAUUGAGCAAAAAACUGAAGUAUUAUUACAAGAAUUCUCAAUUUUGCAUCUUAAAAACGUUUCUUCAAUGGGAUUAUCUGGGGGAGAAAGACGUAGCUGGUAUUGACCCAUUAGCAAUUUCAGAUAUUAAAAACCUAAUUGUGCACUUACGCGACCGUAAUAUUGGUAUUCUCAUUACUGACCAUAAUGUUCGAGAUACUUUAGAUAUUGUUGAUCGUGCUUAUGUUAUUUAUGACGGCAAAGUAUUAUUAGAAGGAACCCCUAGCGAAAUAGCAGCUAAUAAUCAAAAGAAAGUGACGAUGUACAAAGAGAUGGCCGAGCGGUUUAAGGCGCACGCCUGGAAAGCGUGUUCACGGGCAACCGUGUCAGGGGUUCGAAUCCCCUUCUCUCCGCCAUUUUAUAUGGGACUGUUAAAUAUAUAG